AUGACCAAAUCAUACAGCGAGAGCGGGCUGAUGAGCGAGCCUCAACCCCAGGGGCCUCCAAGCUGGACAGACGAGUGUCUCAGUUCUCAGGACGAGGAACACGAGGCAGAAAAGAAGGAAGACGACCUGGAAACUAUGAACGCUGAAGAAGACUCACUGAGGAACGGAGAAGAGGGGGACGAAGACGAGGAUCUGGAGGAGGAAGAAGAGGAGGAAGAGGAGGACGAUGAUCAGAAGCCCAAGAGACGCGGCCCCAAAAAGAAGAAGAUGACCAAGGCGCGCCUGGAGCGUUUUAAGCUGAGGCGCAUGAAGGCCAACGCCCGGGAGCGGAACCGCAUGCACGGGCUGAACGCGGCGCUGGACAACCUGCGCAAGGUGGUGCCCUGCUACUCCAAGACUCAGAAGCUGUCCAAAAUUGAGACGCUGCGUUUGGCCAAGAACUACAUCUGGGCUCUGUCGGAGAUCCUGCGUUCGGGCAAAAGCCCUGAUCUGGUUUCCUUCGUACAGACGCUCUGCAAGGGCUUAUCUCAGCCCACCACCAACUUGGUUGCGGGCUGUCUGCAGCUCAAUCCUCGAACUUUCCUGCCGGAGCAGAACCAGGACAUGCCCCCGCACCUGCCGGCGGCCAGCGCUUCCUUCCCUGUUCACUCCUACUCCUACCAGUCUCCGGGUUUGCCCAGCCCUCCGUACGGUACCAUGGACAGCUCUCACGUCUUCCACGUAAAGCCGCCGCCUCACGCCUACAGCGCGGCGCUAGAGCCCUUCUUUGAAAGCCCCCUGACUGAUUGCACCAGCCCUUCCUUUGACGGACCCCUCAGCCCGCCGCUCAGCAUCAACGGCAACUUCUCUUUCAAACACGAACCAUCCACCGAGUUUGAGAAAAAUUAUGCCUUUACCAUGCACUAUCCCGCAGCGACUCUGGCUGGGGCCCAAAGUCACGGAUCGAUCUUCUCGGGAGCUGCUGCCCCUCGCUGCGAGAUCCCUAUAGACAAUAUUAUGUCCUUCGAUAGCCAUUCACAUCAUGAGCGAGUCAUGAGUGCCCAACUCAAUGCCAUCUUUCACGAUUAG